GCUAUGAAGUUCAUCCAUAUUGUGCACUUUUCCUUUUUAUCAAUAUGCCAUUCAAUAACCUUAAAAAUCCUAUAAUUCAAUUAUUCUUUGAUGGAUAUAUCAAUUUUCGACCUGAGGUUAAUCAAUUAAAACAAUUGUUUGAACAAAUUUUUUAUAAAAAUUAUCAAAUUAAAAAUUUUGUUUUAAAUCAACGAAGUUGGCCGAAUAUUUCAAAUGAAAAGAAAGAGAAAUUAGUAGAAAAUUUUCCAUCACUUAAAAUCAAUAUAUUAAAAGAAUUACCUUAUAACCUUUUAAAACCGGACAUUUG